AUCAGGAAUCCUAUUUGAAGAGCAAUGCUAUCAUGGCAGUUGCGUUGAUUAUUUCAUCAUUUGUGAUGCGGGCAUGGCCACCAAAAACACUCCCUCUACUGAUUGGCUUUAAAAAAUUUUCAAGAUGUACUUUGCAACGUGUGGCACUACAUACAAGACAUAAUCAUGUGACAUUACAAACUAUACAAUUGUCACAAAUUGGGAGCAAGUUUCACCUUUAUGCAAAACCCAGGAUGCUGUCAUCUACUGAAAGUUUCAUUGAUGGUGCUUCUGAUAAUAUGGCAAUUCCAGAAGACAAUGAUGAUAGAAGAAAAUCAAAACUUGGGCAUAAACAUAAAAAUGUGUCUGGCGUAAAUGUACUUGAAAGUGUAGGCAGAUUCAUCCCGCAUUCUAUUCUGGAUAUUACUGAUGCUAGUGGAAAUACUCACGUUGGUGUAACCCGGAACGAAGCCAUGAAACUAAGUAAACAAUCCAACAUGAAACUGGUUCUAGUUAAUCCCAAAUCCAAACCAAAUCCCUCGUACAGACUUAUGUCUGGGGCCGAACUCCAUCAGGAAAGGUUGAAGGCUAAGGAAACUCAGGAUAAAAAGAGACAGACAGAGGUAAAGGAAAUGACUAUCUCGGAUAAUAUCAGCAAGCACGACCUGAUGAUUAAGACGAGACAGAUCCAGAACUGGAUGGAGCGCUCUGAGCAUCAGUAUCAUGUCCGAAUAACAGUAAUGCAUAAGAAGACUGCAGGAGCCCCAACCACAGUAGAAGACAAGAUGAAGCUUAUCCAUGAAAUCCUGGAUGGGUUAAAUGACGUCACAAUUAAUGCACCACCAUCAAAAUUUGGCAAAGAUGGAGACGGAAUAAGAGUGACACUGCGCCAUAUGUCAGCCAAGGAAAAAAUUAAACACAGGAAGGAGAAGGAGAAUCAAUAAAUGAAUAAACAGAAUAUAAAGGAAAAUGUCAAAUUGUCUCAAAAAUAUUGAAUGGCAAUAAAAGUGAUAGAUAUCUCGUA